AUGGGAAACUUUAUCUCAAAUUCCACAAAUCUGCCAAAUGACAAUGCUGUGAAGUUAAUAGAGGAGACCAUCUCAAAUAACUGUGUAGUAAUUUUCUCUAAGACCCCCUGUCCAUAUUGCACAAUGGCAAAAGAAGCAUUUGAUGAUAUAAAUGUUAAUUAUAAGACAAUUGAAUUAGAUGAAAUAGAGAAUGGAAGCCAACUACAAUCAGCACUCCAUGAGAUGACUGGAGCCAGAACAGUACCAAGGGUUUUUGUCAAUGGAACCUGUAUAGGAGGUGGAACUGAAACCAGGAAACUGAAUCAAGAAGGAAAGUUACUUCAACUUGUACAACAAUGUAACCUCACUGCUACUCGGAGUUGA